GGUCGGUUAAUUUUCGUGAAAUCCUGUGAAGUGCACCCCCUUUCGAGCGACAUUUUGCGUUUCCCACUGGAUUGCAGUACAUUGAGUGGAGUGCUGUUGGUAUAGACCUUAGAAGAAUAUCGUUUUGAGUGCCAUCGAAGAAGUUACCGAAUUGUGUGCCACCAUGGGUGAUGGAGUUAUUUCGAUAAAGCUGGCCAUACACGACGGCAACCAGGGUGACGGAGCUCUCUAUCGUUUGAAGAAAAACUCGCUUGUCCAUGUACAUCCCGGUGCAUCGCUGUUGGGACGACGUGUGGCCUUGUUCUGCAACUAUCCGGAAGAUGGAAAAGAUUUCGAUCGAAAAUCUUAUAGACGGCUCGAGUGGUGUUCGUCCACCGGAUCACCGGUCGAAGCACCGGCCGAUGGGUCGGUAUAUUUCCCCAUCAAGGACAUCGAUUACUACUGCAAUGUGCACUUGACCAAAUCGGGAGCUUAUCAUUUCUACGCCCUCUACGAAGAGUGUCCCGAGGCAGGCCCGCAGGCAGGGAUUUACGUCCAAAUCGAGCCGCAGCUGACGGUCGGAAAGGGCGAUGCGGCGACGCACCUUCCGCUCGAUGCAAUCCGCUGUCAGACGGUGAUUUCGAAGCUUCUCGGACCGAUCGACACGUGGGAGGCAAAGUUGCGGGUGGGCAAAGAGUCCGGCUACAAUAUGAUACACUUUACGCCCGUCCAGGAGCUGGGUGGUUCGAGAUCGGCCUACUCGCUGCGGAACCAGUUGAAUGUGAAUCCCGAUUUCCACAGCAAGGCUGGUAAAACGGUGACGUACGACGAUGUGGAGGCUAUUAUGCGCAAAAUGCGCGAGGAGUGGAAUGUGGCUUCGAUUUGUGACAUUGUGUUGAACCACACGGCCAACGAGUCCAUCUGGAUCCGGGAGUAUCCCGAGUGCAGCUACAACUGCUUCACCUGUCCCCAUCUGCGUCCGGCGUUUUUGCUCGAUGCGUUGCUGGCGCGAGUCGGCGACGACGUGAAGGACGGUAUGUUGGCGCACGUUGGCGUUCCGGAGGUGGUCGAGGCGGAAGAUCACCUGCAGGCGAUCCGCUGGCAGAUACAAUCGAGCUAUCUUCCGCAAAUUAAGCUGUUUGAGUUGUACCAGUGCAAUGUGGACAAGUACGUUCAGCGGUUCAGCGAGGAGUGUGGCAAGCGUAGCCCAACCCGCCCCCAGGACGUUCCCGAGGGGGACAUUAAGCUUCGCAUGGAUCCGGAAUACCGACGACUGGGGGCCGAGAUUGACUUCGAUCGUGCCAUGAGCAUCUACAACGUCUUCCGGCAGGACUGUUUCGAUGAGGACAGCCGAAAGCGCAAGUGUUCCGAGGCGUUCCGCGCCCGGUUGCAGUUCCUAAACGAAGAGGUACGUCGCGAGAUUCAGGCGCACGUCGAUUAUGCCAUCGAAAACUGCCUGGCCGGAGCACGGUACGAGCGUGUGCAGCCGGAUGGUCCACGGGUAAAGGGAAUCUCGCUCAAGUACCCGCUGUUCAUGAAGUACUUCACGCACUACGGAACGCAAGGCAAGACGCUGAAGGAAAUCGAAACGAUGAUGUACGGUGGCCCGGGUAAACUGUUUAUGGCGCACAACGGUUGGGUGAUUAACGGUGAUCCGCUGAAGGACUUUGCCCGUGCCCAACCGGGCACCGGAAACGUUUAUCUACGCCGCGAGCUCAUCGCAUGGGGUGACAGUGUGAAGCUACGGUACGGUGACAAACCGGAAGAUAGUCCAUACCUGUGGAAGCACAUGCAAGAGUACGUGGACACGACGGCACGCAUCUUCGACGGUGUUCGGCUGGACAACUGCCACUCGACGCCGCUGCAUGUGGCCGAGUAUCUGUUGGAUUCGGCGCGCAAGGUCAACCCGGAGCUGUACGUUGCGGCCGAACUGUUUACCAACUCCGAUCACACGGACAACAUCUUCGUGAAUCGGCUCGGCAUAACGUCGCUCAUUCGAGAGGCGCUUUCGGCAUGGGAUUCGCACGAGCAGGGCCGGUUGGUGUAUCGGUACGGUGGAGCCCCCGUCGGUGCAUUCUUCCCCUGCCCGAAGCGCAUUCUGGCGCCUGGAAUUGCGCACGCCCUGUUCAUGGACCUUACGCACGACAAUCCGUCGCCGGUGGAGAAGCGUUCGAUCUUCGAUCUGAUCCCAUCGGCGGCCCUCGUGUCGAUGGCAUGUUGCGCAACGGGCAGCAAUCGUGGCUACGAUGAGUUCGUUCCCCAUCACAUUCAUGUGGUCGACGAGGAACGCCAGUAUCAGGAAUGGGGAAAUCAGGUGGACAGCAACACGGGUUUGAUUGCGGUGAAGGAAGCGCUGAACGUGCUGCACGGUGGCCUCGCAACGCGUGGUUUCGAUCAGGUGUUUGUCGAUCAGAUGCACCCGGACAUUGUGGCCGUCACGCGCCAUUCGCUGACGAACCACGAGACGGUCAUUCUUGUGGCGCACUCCGCCUUCGGAUACCCGAACCCCUGGGCCGGCCCGACGGGCGUACGUCCGCUGGAGUUCGAGGGUGAAUUCAAGGAGAUUGUGCUUGAGGUGCAAAUCUACAAGAAAACCGGCCAAACGUUCGAUCGACCGACGGAUUUCGUGAAAAACGCCGACUACAUCAAUGGCGUCAGCGAGUACGUGGUGGACCUGAAGCGUAAUCUCAAGCUCGAAGAAUCGGACAUCUUUGGCAAGGAAGCGGUCGUGAAGGGAAACGUAACACAGUUGCACUUUUCCAACCUUAAACCCGGCUCCGUGGUUGCGGUUCGUGUGGCACUGAAGGAUAGCGUGCGGGGACAUUUUGAUAACCUACAAUCGUUGGUUAAGGAGUUCCACCAGGAUCGGGGCUCGCGGUACGCGGAAUUGCAGCACAUUCUUUCCAAGUUGAACCUGGUGGACUUUAAUAAACUGCUGUACUGCUGUGCCGAGGAGGAACGGGACAAUGGAGGUGGCCCGUACAACAUCGAAGGCUACGGAGAUCUGGUGUACUGUGGAUUGCAGGGUGUUAUGUCCAUUCUGUCGGAUAUCGGACCGAACAACGAUCUCGGCCAUCCGCUGGCGAAUAAUCUUCGUACUGGAAACUGGUUGAUUGAUUACUGCUCCCAGCGUUUGUUGAAGUAUGAAACUCUGAUCCCGAUGGCCAAGUGGUUGGAGAACAACCUGAAAUCGUUGAAAGAGAUCCCACGCUACAUGAUUCCGAGCUACUUCGACGUGAUCAUCACGAACGUGCAUCGUUUGGCGAUCGCGGCCGCGUGCAAUCUCAUGUCGGACUUUGUCAGCCAUGGUUCCAACUUUGCGCGUCGUCUCGCCCUCGGCUCGGUGCAGUGUGUAAGCGUUUGCCCGUCGGCCAAUUUGCCCCGCUUGAGCCCGAACGUGGCUGAGCCGAAGCCGCAGGACCAUUGCGCCACGAUGGCUGCCGGAUUGCCCCACUUUGCGACCGGGUACAUGCGCUGCUGGGGACGUGACACCUUCAUUGCGAUCCGGGGACUGACGCUGCUGACCGGUCGGUACGAUGAGACGCGCUACAUGAUCCUUGGAUUCGGUGGAUGCCUACGCCACGGGUUGAUUCCGAAUCUACUCGAUGGGGGGCAGAAUGCUCGGUUCAACUGUCGCGAUGCCGUUUGGUGGUGGCUGUACACCAUCAAGCAGUACGUCGAUGAGGUACCCAACGGUAAGGCCAUCCUGAAGGAUAAGGUUUCGCGUCUCUACCCAACGGACGACUCGGAAGCGAAAGCACCGGGUGAAUGUGACCAAAUGCUGUACGAAACGAUUCAAGAAGCGUUGACGGUGCACUUCCAGGGGUUGUCCUAUCGCGAACGAAACGCUGGCACGCGCAUCGAUGCGCACAUGAAGGAUAAGGGAUUCAACAAUCGCAUCGGAGUGAAUCCCGACACUGGGUUCGUGUUUGGCGGAAACAAUGCCAACUGUGGCACCUGGAUGGAUAAGAUGGGCUCGUCGGAUAAGGCCGGCAAUCGGGGUGUACCGUCGACGCCUCGUGAUGGAUCCGCCGUCGAGCUGGUCGGAUUGCAGAUGGCAGGUUUGCGCUUCAUGCAGCAGAUGGCGGAGCAGAAGGUGAUUCCGGUGACUUCGGUCGAACGUACGUCCUACAACGGCACCAAAACGGUGUGGACGUACAAGGAGUGGGCCAACCGGAUUGCGGCCAACUUUGAGCGGGAGUUUUACGUGGACGAAUCGACCGACAGCUCGUACGCAAACAAGCGCGGCAUGUACAAGGACACGGUUGGGUCGGAAAUCCCCUGGACCGACUUUCAGCUGCGGUGCAAUUUUCCGAUCGCACUGCUGGCCGCCCCGGAGCUGGCCGAUCCCAAGCACGCCUGGCGUGCGCUCGAGAACGCCAAAAAGUACCUGCUCGGGCCGGUGGGCAUGAAAACGCUCGACUUCGAGGAUUGGGGCUACCGUGGAAAUUAUGAUAAUUCCAUCGACAGCGACGACAAAACGGUCGCCCACGGUGCCAACUACCACAACGGACCGGAAUGGGUGUGGCCGAUCGGGUUUUACCUUCGGGCGCGCCUGAUAUUCGCCAAAGCAAACGGCGUCCUCAAGGAGACGGUGGCGGAGACGUGGAAAAUCUUGCAAACCCACCUCAACGAGCUGCAACGCUGCCAUUGGCGCGGUCUGGCCGAACUGACGAACGAGAAUGGCGCGUUCUGCAAGGAUUCGUGCCGAACUCAAGCAUGGAGCAUGGGCUGUGUGCUCGAAGUGCUGUACGAUCUGGAAAAGUACGAAAAGGAGCUUUAAAUAUUUUUAUUUUCGACGCAUCACUGUCGCCACACGCUUCCACUGCCCUGGGGGAGAAAAAAUAGGAAAGUGCCAUCCUACAGAUUGUUUUAUAUCAUGCCAUUGUUUAUUUUGUCAUCACUGUUGUUGUUUUAGAGGUUCUUCAAAUAGAAUAUAGUACGGUGCGUAUCAAAAAUGUACCUAGUUAGUGUUUGCCAUGCCCAUAUAGUCAGAGUAAAAAGAUAAUACU